CAUAGACAUAGCAAACAUGUCUGAAAAUCCCAGAUCAGACCAACUCCUAAAAUAAAUUUAGCAAUAAAACUUUUUGGGGUAUCAUUUUGUCCGUCAAUUACGCAGUUACUCUCUGCUAACUUCACACCACUGCAAAAGUUAAAACCCCACGUUUUUCCACCAUUGUCAACCCACCCACAAAUUUCUCUUCAAUUACCAACACACCCAUCACUCCCAAGCUCAUUCUCUCACCACCCAGAUCGACAAAAAUGGAGGAAGGAGGAGAGGAGUACCUUUUCAAGAUAGUGGUAAUUGGAGACUCAGCAGUGGGCAAAUCGAACCUCCUCUCACGAUUUGCUAGAGAUGAGUUUGACCAGAACUCAAAGGCUACAAUCGGAGUGGAGUUUCAGACCCAAGUGGUUGAAGUCGAUGGCAAGGAAGUCAAAGCCCAAGUUUGGGACACUGCUGGCCAAGAACGAUUCAGAGCUGUCACUUCCGCUUACUACAGAGGUGCGGUUGGAGCUCUCGUCGUGUAUGACAUUAGCCGGAAAACUACUUUUGAGAGCAUUAAAAGGUGGCUCGAUGAGCUCAAUACUCACUGUGAUACAACAGUAGCAAGAAUGCUGGUAGGGAACAAAUGUGAUCUGGAGAAUAUUCGAGAUGUGAGUGUGGAAGAGGGUGAAAGCCUUGCAAAAGAAGAAGGAUUAUUCUUCAUAGAGACAUCUGCCCUGGAUUCUACCAAUGUCAAAACAGCAUUUGAGAUUGUGAUUCGCGAGAUCUACAGCAAUGUUAGCAGGAAAGUGCUGAACUCUGAUUCUUACAAGGCUGAAUUGUCUGUCAAUCGGGUUAGCCUUGCCAACGGGGUCGACUUGUCCAAACAAAAUCAGAGCACUUUUUCAUGCUGUUCCAGAUGAUUUAAGUUUCACUCACCAUUUUUGCACCAGUGUUAAUUUGUUUUGUUCCUUUUGAUUCCCAAGGUUACUAAAGCCUGAGUGCCUUCUGUAGGCUGCAAGUUAAAUUGGUUGAUGAAGUUCGUAUUGGGAUUGAACUUUGCAAUAAGACUAUAUUCUCAAUUUACUAUGCAAUAGAUUGUGGAUUCAUGUAUUAUUUCAGGGUAUUCGGUUGGUGUCAGAACAUGUCAAAGCGAUGCAAAUAUCCUACUCUCUCUUGCAGAGAGAUUCUAAUGGUUAUGUACCAUAUUCCAGGAUUUUGAUUUCUUUGGGUUAAAAUAACACGGA